AGCCAGCUGGUCUGGCUUUAUUAGUGCAGGGCAUUUCUUUUCUUAAUGACUUUGAAAUUGUUUUGUAACCGUUUGAUUAACCUGGCCCACAGCUGGAGCUGAAGGGUGUGACUUCCUGGGGAAGCACAAGAACGGCACCGGUGCCAACUAAACAAACAAAACCGCACUCUGAAACCUAAGAGGGUCUUCCUGGUAAAACUGUGUGCUGGAGCUGGAAGAACUGAAGCAAUUGUGAACACAGUACAGCUACUGGAAUCUUUGAAUUGAGCGGAGGAAGUCGAGAGAAGAAAGCCUGGUUUGAAGAAAAAGCAAGCAAAAACAGAGGGACAAAAGAAUAAGUUCAUUAGAGAAAGAGAGAAACGAAAAGACGGGGACAAUGGGGAGGAAAAAGAUUCAGAUCACACGGAUUAUGGAUGAACGCAACAGACAGGUGACGUUUACAAAGAGAAAGUUUGGCCUGAUGAAGAAAGCCUAUGAGCUGAGCGUGUUGUGUGACUGUGAGAUUGCCCUCAUCAUCUUCAACACUACUAACAAGCUUUUCCAGUAUGCCAGCACAGAUAUGGACAAAGUGUUGCUCAAAUACACUGAGUACAAUGAGCCACAUGAGAGCAGGACCAACUCUGACAUUGUUGAGACCCUGAGAAAGAAGGGUCUAAAUGGCUGUGACAGCCCAGACCCCGACGCAGACGACUCGGUGGGCCAUAGCCCAGAGUCAGAGGACAAGUACCGUAAAAUCAACGAAGACAUUGAUCUGCACAUGAUCAGCAGACAGAGGAUAUGUGCUGUGCCCUCUUCCACCUACGAGAUGCCCAUCCCCGUGAAUAACCAGAUAUACCCAGGCAAUCAUAACCUGCUUCCACUGGCCCACCACGGCCUGCAGAGAAACAGCAUGUCACCCGGGGUCACACACAGACCACCUAGUGCAGGUGGUCUGAUGGGCACUGAUCUCUCCACUGGCGUGGGCACCAGUGCUGGUAAGGACGGCAUCCCCAUAUACUACAGAAAUGGCUAUGGAAACCACCGUAACUCUCCAGGACUUCUGGUGUCCUCCGGAGGCAUGAACAAGAGCAUGCAGGCCAAGUCCCCUCCACCAGUGAACCUGGGGAUGAACAGCCGUAAACCUGACCUACGAGUUCUCAUCCCACCCGGGGCCAAGAACAACAUGCCCUCUAUUUCUGAGGAUAUUGACCUUCUAUUGAAUCAGAGAAUAAACAACUCCCAGUCUGCGCAGUCACUGGCGACCCCCGUGGUUUCUGUAGCGACGCCUACUCUACCGGGACAGGGAAUGGGCGGCUACCCAUCAGCCAUUUCCACAUCAUAUGGUACUGAAUAUUCUCUGAGCAGUGCGGAUCUCUCCUCGAUAUCUGGCUUUAACAGUGCCAACACUCUGCAUCUGGGUUCAAUGAGUGGAUGGCAACAGCAUCAGAUCCAGAACAUGCAGCACUCUGCUCUCAGUCAGCUGGGAAAUUGCUCUAGCACUCACUUAUGUCAGGGUUCAAAUCUCUCCCUGCCCUCUACUCAAAGCCUGCACAUCAAGUCCGAACCUGUUUCUCCUCCUAGAGAUCGAUCCAGCAGCACCACGCCUGCCGGCUACGGCCCGCUACCGUCCCACCAGCAGCACCAGGGCCCUCCCCCACAGGGGCGACAGGACUCGGGCCGCUCCCCGGCCGACAGCCUCAGCAGCUGCGGCAGCUCGCAUGAAGGCAGCGACCGCGACGACCACCGUCCCGACUUCCAUUCGCCGUUAGGAUUGGGCCGGCCCGGCCUGGAUGAGCAAGACAGCCCAUCCGUCAAGCGUGUCCGCCUCUCGGAGGGGUGGGCCACAUGAUAAACCAUGCCCCCCUUGGACAGCCCCAUCCUCGAUCUUGACCUCGAUCUCCCCAUGCGCUAAUCAUUGCUCUCCCUUAUUCUCUGAUUUGCUGUAGAGAGGGGAGGAAGUGCUCUCGAAAUUACCUGUAUUUUUUUUUUAAUUAUUAUUAUUAUUUUAUCAGAGUGUGUCUGAUAUACAUAUUGUUGUGAUUGACGGGUUUUCAGGGAGGGAAGCGGGAAGGAGGACUGAUACACCAGGGCUGGGGAGGGUUUAGUGGGUGGGGUUACUAUGCAUAACUUGUGCAGUGUGUGGAAUACAAUGUAAAGAAUUACCAUAUAUGCAUAUAUAUUUACACGUUGUGUAGGUGUACAUGUAUGCAGAGUAACAAACCAACAAAAAGUGUCAGGUACUCUUGGAUCUUCUUCUUCUUCUUUUUUUUUUGUAAAGUACAUGCCUCAGUGAUGUUCAGCCACAAGAGGAGCACAGCAGAGAGCGUAUUGCGGAGGUGACAGCUUAGCACUUGGGUUGUUGUACCAGUACAAUAUGUACAGAUUCCUUUUUUAGUGCCACUCUCUUCAGAGGGCCCCUUCGCUAAAUGUAUGUUAUGGGUGACAAUGUCAUGUUGCAGGUUCAACGUAUUGUACAUAGAGAAAAGGCUGGGACACGGGGGAAGGGACAAGGUUGCUGAUUUCACACAAACAUAACUGUUAUGCAAGAAUUUCGAAGGAUUGUACAGAUAUAUGUGCAGGUUCUUUGGUUAAGUUAUGGGGGAGUGGGAAUUUCAGGAAAAAAAAAACUCUCCUGCUGAAGGAAAGAAAAUAGCAGGACGGAGAUGAAGGACUUUAAAUUAAGAGCCAUGUUACUUCAGUCUGAUGACAUUUUAACCUAGGAUUUGCAGUUGUUGUUCAGUAUUAAAAGAAGAAAAAGAGAAAAAAAAAUUGUAUGAUACACUUGCUUAUAUUUUCAUAUCAAAAAGGAAUACAAUGCAAAGCAUUUUUGUGGCUUUUUGUAGUUUAUAAGAGCCCGAAUGUGUUUUGAUAGCUUUGCUUAUAUGAGAAAUGAUAGUAAAAAGAUGAGAAACCUUGGGCUUUUCGAACCGUAAGCCAUGAAAUCUAAGACAGUGAACCCUUGCUUUGCUCAGUGUUUUUUUUCUCUCU